UACGAGAAAGAAAGUAUUUUUGGAGUUAAUAAACAAAGGUUUUGUUGAGGUAGAUCAGUAAUCUUUACAACAGCAAUAAGUAAAUCGAUAUGUCUGUCGAUAAACAAGAAUAUCAUCGCGCGUCAAACGCGGUAGUGUUUGGUGGAGUAAUUACAUAUAUUGCAGGUUUAUUACUGGUCAUGGCAUUUACAAGCCCCUACUGGAUUGAAUCUUAUAGAGAGACAUUUAGCAGUUUCAAGCAUAUGGGACUAUGGGAAUAUUGUUUUGAACAAUUUAGAUAUCCGUAUUAUCAAUUUGACAAACAAUUUGAUGGAUGUCAUCACAUUUUCUCAGAAGAAUAUUACGUUAUUCGAGAAUGGUUACUACCAGGAUGGUUGAUGGUGGUGCAAACAUUUGUCACACUUGCCCUUUUACUCUCAUUCUUUGCACAAGUUGUGAUUGCAUUGACCUUAGUCCGUUGGCCUUUGAAGUUUGUAUUAAAUUAUGAAUGGCUCCUCUCAGCAUCUGCUUUCUUGUGUUGUGCUAUAGCAGGCACAGUAUUGUUCCUAGCAGUAUCAAUAUUUGGAGGACAAUGUUGGCGUAGAGAUUGGUUAAUGUAUCCCAACUUUAACCAUUUGUCAUGGUCUUAUGCCUUAGCAGUUAUCUCAUUCAUGUUCCAUUUGUUUGCUGCAUUCUUCUUGUAUCUAGAUGCAAGGGCCGGUUAUCGAUUGCGCAAAGAAUCUCGUAAUUUAGUGAUGCAAAUGCAGCCUAAUCCACAGACUCAUCAAGGAUUACAAAGAGGGGGAUAUAUAUAAUUUAUAUCCAUAUCCCCAUAGUGUUCAAGAAAAAUUUGAUCG